UAGUUUUGACUACUUUUGAGUAAAUUAAGAACGAAAUAUGUAUUGAAUUACACAAUAAUAUGGUUUGAAAAUACCCAACAAUUAGUAUGUAAAUAAUAAUAAAGUGGAAAUCAAACACUUAAAAAUACGUGUAUGAUUCAUGAGUUAAUUACAGCAAUUUACACAGUUUAAUUUAAAACGUGUGCGAGUUGAACAUACCAAAACGAUGGCAAUUUUGGUCUGUUCCGGAAAAAAAUAUUUAAGUUAUAAUAAUGUCUAGGGAUUCAUGACAUACACUUUGCCAUAGUAAUUUAGCAUUAGUUUAUUUAAGAACAAUAAAAUGGAUUCAAAGUACUGCUCAAUAGGUUUGACCAAUGAAACUAAAAAUGGUUUUAAGAGGAAGAAACCGACAGCUAGUAUUUGUGUGAAAAAGGUCAAAUUAUUAAGUGAUAGUAUUAGUAAUUGUUUACAAAAUGGCCAUGAAGUUUCUAAAAACAUAGAAACGCAUGUUGUUAAAAAAAAUUCAGAUGAUUUGCAAGAAGCUAGAAGGAAACUGCCUGUAUUUAUGGUUAGAGGCAGGUUAUUAGAAGAAAUAAGAAAAAACAACACAAUGAUAAUAAUAGGUGAGACAGGAAGUGGUAAGACCACUCAGAUUCCUCAAAUGAUUCAUGAACAGAGAUUAGAAGGCACUGGCUUGAUAGUAGUUACUCAGCCUCGUAGAGUAGCUGCUAUUACAAUUGCAUUGCGAGUUGCUGCUGAAAUGAAUACUGAAGUUGGUAACAUUGUUGGGUACUCAGUUAGAUUUGAAGAUGUGACAAGCCCUAGAACUAAAGUGAAAUAUUUAACUGAUGGUAUGUUGCUUAGAGAAGCUAUCUUAGAUCCUUUGCUCAGUAAAUAUUCAGUUAUUAUUCUGGAUGAAGCACAUGAACGCACUGUGAGCACUGAUAUAUUGUUUGGAAUUGUGAAAUUAGCACAAAAGGAGAGAAAUGAAAAAACUAUUAAUCCUUUAAAGGUCAUUGUAAUGUCAGCGACAAUGGAUGUUGAUACAUUUAGAAAUUAUUUUGACAGCUGUCCAGUAAUAUAUUUGGAAGGUCGUACACAUCCUGUGACAAUAUAUCAUUCUAAAACCAAGCAAGAGGAUUACCAGUAUGCAGCUGUGUGCACAAUAUUUCAGCUGCACACUACUACCCCUGCUGAUGAUGACUUUCUUGUAUUUCUAACUGGGCAAGAAGAGAUUGAAGCUGUAAUGUAUAACAUAAAACAAAUCGCGAAAGAAACAACAGGUCCACCUAUACGGGUUUGUCCAUUAUACGCCGGCCUUCCGCCUGCACAGCAAAUGCAGGUGUGGAAAGAGACACCGCCGGGUACCAGGAAAAUAGUCCUCGCGACUAAUAUAGCAGAGGCAUCGGUCACGAUUCCCAGGAUAAAGUGUGUCAUUGAUACUGGAGUUGUAAAAGAAAGGUCGUGGUGUAGUGCCACAGGGGCGGAGCGGCUGGUGGUGCGCAGCGGGUCGCAGGCGGCGGGCUGGCAGCGCGCCGGCCGUGCAGGACGCACCGCGCCCGGCGCCGCCUAUAGGCUCUAUACCGCGCAGCAGUUUAACACAAGACCCUUACAUCCUACGCCUGAAAUACUUAGAUGUCCACUGGCUCCCACAAUACUGUUGCUAAUAGCGGCCGGCGUUGAACCGAGCACAUUCCCGCUGAUAGACUCUCCACCGCGAGACUCCGUCACUGCUUCAUUGACGUUACUUAAGGAAUUGGGUGCAAUUGACAGCGUAGAAAAUCCAAAAUUAACCGUAUUAGGUCGCAAAAUGUCUUCAUUCCCGAUAGAUCCCAAAUAUUCGAAAGUACUACUGAGUGCCCCCGAAUAUGGAUGCUUAGAAGAGGCUUUAAGUUUAGUAGCAGUUUUGUCUAGUGAAAAUAUAUUCUACACGCCGAUGCACAAACGCGAAGAAGCAUUGAAAGUAAAGCGAAAAUUUAUAUCGCCAACAGGAGACCACAUCACCUUGUUAAAUGUUUUUAAAGCAUUUUGCAAAGCUACUUUAAAAAAGCAAUGGUGUAAGGAAAACUAUUUAAAUCAUCGAAAUUUAACGUACGCUUACGAAGUCCGACAGCAGUUACUUGCAAUAUGCCAGAGAUUAAAUUUAACUCUAUCAAGCUGCGGGUCUGCAACUGAUCAGUUGCUGAAGUGUUUGUUGAGCGGCUUAUUCAGCAACUGUGCGUGGUCUCGGAGCGCGGGCGUGGCGGGGGGCGGGGCGCGGUACGUGACGGGCGCGGGGGGCGCCGCCAGCUUGCACCCCGCCGCCGCGCUGCACGCCGCCAGCCCGCCCCCCCCCGCGCUGCUCUACACAGAGCUGCUGCACACCCGCCGCACGUACAUGAUCACCGUCUCCGCCAUACAACCGCACUGGCUCCAACAGGUGGCGCCCGACUAUGCACGCAGAUGUCGGGCUUACCGAUGACCGAACGCCUGACGCGAAUCAAGGCCAGAAGCAAGACUUGGCCUAACCAUUAUUGAAUCAUCUGUCAAUAUCUUAAAACAUACUAUAAAUUAUCAAGUAAUAUACAUUGAAUAUUAACAUUCGCAAUAACCUGCAAAGAGAAACAGAAGCCUGGAGUCAGAAUGUGGUAACUUUCGUAAAAGACUUUAAAAUUUUACGGAAAUCUAGUUGUAUAAGUGUAAAUGGUUCACUAAAAUAAUUAAGUUAAUAAAUAAUAAAUUAAAAAAUAACGGCAAAAAAGUUCGCAUCACUCAAUACGAAUGCACUGAACAUCGUACCGUUUAGGACACGGACGUUUGCAUUUUGUUUUUAGUAAAUUAACACGAAAUACACCAAAAUAAUUGUAAAUAAAUAUGGUUAACAUUGUCUACAACAUUUAAUAAUUUUUUUCGUAAAUCCGGCGAAGCUUUUUGUUCCAAUUUGAUUUUGAAAUUACAUUGAUUUUAUUUUAAUAUGUGUUACUAUUGAAUUGAGCUUGAUAUAUUGAUUACAUUAUUAUGUAACCGUUUUGUGUUAUAUUCAUCUUUUUUAUUCAUAAGAUAGUACUGUGUACAAACAUCCUUAGAUAAAAAAUGUGCCUAAUGUUUUGUGACUUGGUGCUAUAAAUCUUUAGAAUCUUAAAAUAAAUAAGGUGUUUUUUUA